AACAUCACAAACAACUCACUGCCAAAACAUUGAACACAACGCAAAUUCAACAACUACUCUCUCAUUCUCCUUUUUCUUUUGAAGUCACACAGUGGAAAACACCACCUACCACCGGUAACUAACUCCGAUCAUCUUUCUCUUUAUCCCGCUUCACCGUCACCGGAACUGAAGCUAUGACGAAGAAUGCGACAUUAAUCUGCGUCCCAAUAAUGGGCGAAACAAUCGAAAAAAUGGUAAUUGAUAUACAAAAAGCUAAACUCAAUGGAGCAGACCUUGUUGAAAUACGAUUGGAUUCUCUCGCUACUUUCAAUCCAUCUCAAGAUCUUAACACUUUCAUUCAGCACCACCAUUCUUUACCCUUUUUGUUCACUUACAGGCCGACAUGGGAAGGCGGUAAGUAUGAUGGUGAUGAAAAUCAACGGUUGGAUGCAUUACGGUUAGCUAUGGAAUUGGGAGCUGAUUACAUCGACAUUGAACUUAAGGUUGCUCACCAGUUCUAUGACUCUAUACGUGGGAAGACGUUCAACAAAACCAAGGUCAUUGUUUCAUCUCACAACUAUCAGCAAACUCCUUCCGUUGAGGAUCUUGGCGACCUUGUAGCAAGAAUACAAGCAACUGGGGCAGAUAUAGUAAAGAUUGCAACGACUGCUGUGGAGAUCACUGAUGUGGCACGCAUGUUUCAAAUUAUGGUGCAUUCUCAAGUUCCAUUCAUUGGACUUGUUAUGGGUGACAGGGGAUUGAUUUCACGUGUACUUUGUGCAAAAUUUGGCGGGUAUCUCACUUUUGGUACACUAGAGUCAGGGAUAGUUUCUGCUCCUGGUCAACCUACACUUAAGGAUUUGUUGGAUCUAUACAAUUUCAGACAAGUGGGACCCGAGACAAAAGUAUAUGGGAUUAUUGGCAAACCUGUCAGUCACAGUAAAUCACCCAUAUUGUUCAAUAAAGCAUACAAAACAGUUGGUUUUGAUGGAGUUUUUGUAUUUUUAUUGGUGGACGACCUUGCCAAUUUUUUCAGGACUUACUCAUCAACAGAUUUUGUGGGAUUCAGUGUUACCAUUCCUCACAAGGAGUCUGCCCUUAAGUGCUGCGACGAGGUUGAUCCAGUGGCUAAGUCAAUAGGAGCUGUAAAUUGUGUUGUAAGAAGACCAACAGACGGGAAGUUGAUUGGAUAUAAUACUGAUUAUGUUGGUGCUAUUAAUGCUAUUGAGGAUGGGCUUCGGGGUAGACAUAAUAGUAGUGGCACAGCUAUUUCGCCAUUAUCUGGUAAGCUGUUUGUUGUUAUUGGGGCUGGUGGUGCUGGUAAGGCACUUGCUUAUGGUGCUAAAGAGAAAGGAGCAAGGAUUGUGAUUGCAAACCGCACCUAUGAUCGUGCCAGAGAACUUGCCGAUGUAAUCGGCGGAGAUGCUUUAGCCCUCAGUGAUUUAGAUAGUUACCAUCCAGAGGAUGGUAUGAUUCUUGCAAACACAACAUCUAUUGGAAUGCAACCAAAAAUUGAUGAAACACCUAUUUCCAAGCAUGCGUUGAAAUUUUACUCCUUGGUUUUUGAUGCUGUCUACACGCCAAAAAUGACUAGACUCUUGAAGGAAGCAGAAGAAUCGGGAGCCACUAUUGUAAAAGGACUGGAGAUGUUUAUUGGACAAGCAUAUGAACAAUACGAGAAGUAUACUGGAUUGCCAGCACCAAAAGAACUCUUCAGAAAUAUCAUGGAAAACUAUUGAUGAGAGUGCAUCUAUUAUCUUAGAAGCAGGAUGGUGAGCAGCAUUGCUUGCGUUUGUUGUCUUAUCUUCAAGGUUGUGAAAAUUGAUUGCAUUUGUUCAAUUUUUUGUUUACCUGAGGAGAAAAAAUCUGUUUAGAUUGCCUUUGAAUGUUGAGGAUCUUACUUAGGGCUUAGUAAUUUAUUGCAUUUAUCCUUCCUGUUUGGAAGACUUUUAGGCAAUCACAAUAAAUUUUGGCAAAAAGUUUUUGCUUUGUAAUUUGUGUUGUAUUGUGUAUGUAACUUUUUAAAGCUGAGGAAGCAUUGUUUUCCAAUUAAUUUUGUGAGAAAAAGUAAAGAA